UCCACAGUGGAGCCGGGCAUGUUCAAACAUAUCCAGGCAGACCAGCCUACCAACCUCCAUGAAGAGCUGUCAGUGGGGCUUGGAUUGUAUUUAUACGCGGACUAUAAGAGAAACUGUAUUGGCUAUUAAUAUUAAUGUCGUAGCUAAAACCGAUAAGUUUUCCCGGGGGACACCUGACACCGACAAAGUAACGGAUGUGUAUGUGGGUAAAUCUUGAGCCGCAUCACUCCUGAGCAGGCUACUGUGUUCCGGCUCUGUCUGAAGACUUCGCCUCAGUGUGGCCAUGUCGCUCCCGGCCAAAGUGAUGCGAGACGGGCUGCUGGAGAAGCGCAGCAGCGGGCUCCUCCAGCUGUGGAAGAAGAAGCGCUGCGUGCUCACCGAGGAAGGGCUGCGGCUGCACAACUGCAGAGGAGGCGGCGGCGGAGGGGGGGAUGCUCGUAGCUCGGCGUGGAGCUCCAGAGCCAAGGAGCUCCGCUUUGAGCGCAUGGCCACAGUGGACUGCGUGGAGUACAAGCGAGGGCUGGUGUAUUUCACCGUGGUCAUGGCCACAGGGAAGGAGAUAGACUUUCGGUGUCCUCAGGAGGGCACGGCGUGGAACGCGGAGAUCGCUUUGGCUCUGGUGCGCUAUAAGAACCUGCAGGCCGUGCAGACAGGGAGGAACAGGCACCUGUCCACAGCACACCUGGGCAGCACUGGGGAGGAUGAGGAGCUCUGAGCUGGUAACGCCUUUCUACGUCAUGGUAGUGAACCAAUCCGCGUUGAGAAUGGUCGAGGAUACCAGAUCCAUCUGAUCGAUCCUGUGGUGCAAGGCAUGAUGGGAUGUACAAUACUGCCAUCAGUGAAUGUGGAUUAAAGGACCAGGAACCGCCGUCACAGACACUCUUCUAGUCUUCUUAAAUGUGCUUAUUCACGCUGUCUUACAAAGCCUAGGAAUCUGAUAUAUUGUAAGCAUUGACAAAACCUCAUUGACUGAGGUCCUGCCUAAGGAAAAGAUGGCAGACAGAAACUGUGUAGCUGGGACACUUUUUGCCCUUGUGCCUUGAUGUUUCCAAAUAUCUUCCAUUUUGGACAUAAUUUGCCAAUGUUUUCCAACGUUGUUGAAAAAGGAGUCACUUUAUUUUUUCAUUGUUGCUUUCGAUAGAAACAUAUCGCUGAGUUACUGGCUUUGAAACUGUUUGUUAUAGACUGAACAGAUCUGCAUGCUAUUUCUUAAGUUGAACAUGAAGUACAAAUAUUUUGCUUAUAUUCAUUGCACAUUGUAUUCUAUAUAUUUGCUGAAGCCAUGUACAGUAUUACCAUACAAUCUUAAAAAGAUUAAAUACAUUUGUGUCUGUAAUCCUGAAGUCUUUCUAUUUUUAAACAAUGCUUCAGUUCUCUACACGAGAACAUUACAUGUCUCUAAGAGCUAAACAGUCAGCUGCAAUUUAUUUUAGGUCCACAACAUUAAUUGCUAAGCUCAUCUGUUUCCAGUUGUGGUGUAACCUUGCUGUUAAAGCCUCUGGAAAAAAACACACACAUCCCCAGACACAAACACACACUCUGGGACAGUGCUGUCUUGUGUGUGUGCUGAAGUCAGGACACCUUUUGUUCAAAACAGUAUGGAGGACUAAUGAGAAGCACAGUGAGCCUGAGGCAUGUGCACACAAACAUCCACCCACACAUACGUACGUAGUCACCUACAGAAGUCUUAUGUGCACACCCAUCAGAACAUUUAGCAUCAGCAGACUCUCAUUAGCGAGGCCUAGUAUAUAUUGUUCAUAUAGCAGUGCGUUUGUGAGUUGUGUGUGGCGCUGGGGCUCUGUGCAGGUCGGGAAUAAAGGUUUGAUUGUG